AUGCUCGCAUUUACCGCUGCCUUCGCCCUCUUCUUCCACCUCGUGGCCGCUAACCUGACGGGCUCUGGCCGGAUCUCCUACCACGACUACCAGGCAAUCCCCCUCGAGCUCCUGAAAAACAACCCGCCCUCAUGUGGCAUGCCGUACGCGCAGCUUGACCUGACACGUGUCACUGCGGUCCAGACCAUGAACACGGCCACGGACUGCGGGCAGUGCAUCAAAGUGUGCAACGCCGACGACAGCUCAAAGUUCGUCUACGUGCUGGCCAUCGACACCGGCGGCAAGGGCCUGGACCUGACCAAGCCGGCGUUCGGCAAGCUGUUCAACAUCGACGACGGCAUUGGCCCGGCGACAUGGAGCCCCGUGGAUAACAAGCACUGCGAGGGCAUCUGGAACAACGGCGGCACAAUCACGGGCGCUUAUGAUGGCUCGCGAGUCCCGGCUCCGCAGGAGCCCGUGAAUGAGAAGCCUGCCGAGAGCAGCCCGGUGUCGUCGGCGCCCGCGCCUGCGCCCACGCCCUCGUCGGCUGCUGCUGCGACCCCCAGCAUUGCUGCGCUCAUGGCCAAUGUCCAGGAGCGUAGCACGACCUCGGAGCAGCCAGUGCCUGCCCCCAAGGAGGCGGUGACCUCGUCGGCUUCCGAGCCCCAGCCCAAGCCUGAGACCACCACCUCGACAACCUCUUCUGUUGCUGCUGCUGUGGUUGAGCCACAGUCGCAGCCAGAGGAAACCACAAGCCAAGGUAAUGAUCCCACCACCACCUCCACCACCUCCACUACACCCACGCCUACGCAAGUGCCUACUACACUUGCGGAGGUUUCCACUGCACCCGAACCCACAGAGACGUCCACGGAGACGCCCUCGAAGGCAUCCACAGAGACGCCCUCGGAGGCAUCCUCGAAGGCGUCCUCAAAGGCGUCCUCAAAGGCGUCCUCAAAGGCGUCCUCUGCUGAGGUGUCUGCACAAUUGCCCACUUCUACAACCAAUGUCACUGAAGUCGAAUCGACACUCCCUGGCACCCUUGUAGCUUCCUCGAUUGAUUCGGAUGAGCUUUACGACAUUGCGCACCAUGCUAACGGCACGCAGUCUUCGGCUUCUUCUGCCCAGACCACCCAGUCCAAUGGCGCCGGCUCGCUGGCAGCCCUUGGCUCCUCGGUGGUGGCUGCCCUGGUGGUAGUCUCAAGCUGCCUGCUGCUUGCCUAA